UUGCAUUUCGGUCAUUUCCAACCAACGCCGCAAAGCACAAGCAACGCCUCUACCUCGAAAGAACCACUCAACCUCAAACCAACAUCAUGGAUCCGCACGAUUACACUUGGAUUCUCGGCCUGGGCUUCUUCCUGGCCCUCCUCGACGCCUAUGGUAUUGGCGCCAACGAUGUCGCAAACUCGUUUGCCACCUCCGUCGCUUCCCGAACCCUCACUCUGCGCCGCGCUUGCAUGGUUGCCAUCUUUACCGAGUUUGGUGGCGCUGUUCUUCUCGGCUCCAACACUGCUGAAACCAUCCGAAAUGGCAUCCUAAAGACCCACCUCUUCGCAGCCCAACCCGAAACCCUGAUGCUCGCUAUGAUGUGCGCGCUGGUCGGCUCGGCCACGUUCAUUCUGACUGCCACCCGCUUUGGCGCUCCCGUCUCGACGACUCACAGCAUUGUUGGUGCCAUCAUCGGCACUGGUAUUGCUGCCUUUGGCACGGAUGCGGUUGACUGGACGUACGAUGGCGUCGGCAAGAUUAUUACCUCGUGGUUCCUUUCGCCCAUUAUUGCCGGUAUUAUUGCCAGCCUCAUCUACCUGAGCAUCAAGUUUGCAGUGCUCCGCUCGCCGCACGCCUACUCGCGCUCGCUCAAGGUUGUCCCGAUCCUUGCCUUUGUCACCAUCGGCGUUAACGCCUUCUUCAUUGUCUACAAGGGCUCUCCCGCACUCAAGUUGGACAAGAACCCGCUCGGAACCAUCCUCGGCGCCGUGUUUGGCUUUGCCGUGGGCUGCGGCCUGCUGGCCUACUUUGUGGUCGUUCCGAUCAUUCGUCAACGCAUUGAAGGCACCAAUUCGCGCCCGCUCUACAAGGAUGUGCUGUGCUGCUUCUACGGUCGCUCCCAAAUGCUCUCCGAGGAGGAGCAGGCUGCCAAGGAGGAGGAAGAGAUUCGCACACGACAGGCCGAGGAUGCUCGCGUCCUCAAGGAGCUCGAGCUUGCCGCCACCAAAUCGUCCGACAUGGAGCUGCGCGAAACCAACAGUGCCCCCAAGCUUGGUGACUCUUCGUCCACGGACGACAUUCUCGUAAAGAACGUCGAUGACGAUGCGACUGGCUCCGAGGCAAGCUCGAAUGCCGAGAUUGCCGUUGGCAAAUCAUCCCCAUCAUCUGUCAUUCGCAAUGGCAUUCGCAAAGUCUGGGGCCGCCUGGCCUACGGAUGGAAUGUCGAUGUUGUCAACUCGCAGGCUGGCGAUGUCACUGCCGAGCUGCACGCCCGCUCCACCAAGUUCUCCAGCCGCGCCGAGCGCACCUUCCAAUUCUGCCAGCUGCUGACUUGCAUUGCCGCGUCCAUCGCCCACGGUAGCAACGACGUUGCCAACGCCAUUGGUCCGAUCGCCUCCAUCUACUACAUUUGGGAACACGCCGCUAUUGCCGGCGACAAGACACCCGUCGACGUCUGGCUGCUCGCUGUUGGUGGCAUUGCCAUCAACAUUGGUCUGGUCACCUACGGCUACAAGAUUAUGAGCACGCUUGGUAACAAGAUGACCGACCACACCCCCAGCCGCGGCUUCUCGAUGGAGCUCGGCGCCACUUUCACUGUUCUGACUGCCAGCAAGCUUGGUCUGCCCGUCUCGACUACUCACUGCAUCACUGGCGCCACUGCCGCUGUCGGCCUCUGCAAUGGCGACGUUCGUGCUAUCAACUGGAAGCUUUUGGCUUGGUGCUUCUUCUCGUGGAUUAUCACCCUUCCCUGCGCUGGCCUCCUUUCCGGCCUUUUGUACGCCAUGAUGCUCAACUCGCCCAAGUUUUUGUAA